AGCCGACCAAGAGAGAGCAGGGGCGAGACCGCGAGAGCAAGCUAGCUAGCGCGAGGUCGGAGGUGAUCGACGGUGAGUGAGGCGAUGGGUCGCGUGGCCGUGAUGGCGGCGCCGCUGCUCUUUGGGCUGCUGCUGCUCCUGGCGUCGAGGUGCACGGCGGCGGCACCGCGCCACGACCGCGAGUUGGGGUGGGAGGAGGGUGAAGGGGAGUGGCGGCCGGAGGAGGAGGAGAAGGGGAGGGGCGAGGGCGAGGGCAAGGAGAGGGGCCUGUUCGUGCUGGACCGGCUGGAGAAGGUGGUGGAGUCGGAGGGCGGGCAGGUGCGCGUGGUGCGCGGCCAGCCGUGGCCGCCGGCCGCCGCCGCGUGCCGCGAGGGGCUCAUGCACAUCGGCUUCAUCGCCAUGGAGCCCAAGACGCUGUUCGUGCCGCAGUACCUCGACUCCAGCAUCACCCUCUUCGUGCGCCGAGGGGAGGUGAAGGUUGGGUAUAUCUACAAGGACGAGCUGGUGGAGAGGAAGCUCAAGAUGGGCGACGUCCUCCACAUCGACGCCGGCUCCACCUUCUACAUGGUCAACACCGGCAAGGGCCAGAGGCUGCAGAUCAUUUGCAGCAUCGACGCCUCCGAUGGCCUCGGCUUCGGACCCCCGUAUUUGUCCUUCUUCCUCGGCGGUGGCGGGAACCCGGCGUCGGUGCUCGCCGGCUUCGAACCGAAGACGCUUGCCGUUGCCUUCAACGCCACCUACGACGAGUUGGCAAGAGUCCUGCUGGCGCAAACCCGCGGCCCCAUCGUGUACUACGCCGCGGAGCCCGGGAGCGGCGGCGACGAGGAGAGGCAGGGCAGCAACGGGGGCGACGCGCCGCGCAGGGGAGCGCGGCGCGGUGAGGCCGGCGCGUGGAGGCCGGGGAGCAGGGGAGAGGAAGACGACGAUGCGCGGCCGACGUGGUCGUGGAGGGAGCUGGUGAACCGGUUCGUCGGACUCGGAUGUUCGGGCGCCGCGGAGGCGAACAAGAAGGGCGGCGCGCCGAAGCCGUUCAACCUGUACGACAGCAAGCCCGGGUUCCGGAACGCCUACGGCUGGACCAUCGCCGUCGACAAGCACGGCUACGAGCCCCUCAAGCACUCCAACAUCGGCGUCUACCUCGUCAACCUCACCGCCGGAUCGAUGCUGGCGCCGCACGUGAACCCUCGGGCGACGGAGUACGGCGUGGUGCUGGGCGGGGAGGGCACGAUCCAGGUGGUGUUCCCGAACGGGUCGCUGGCUAUGAGCGUGGUGGUGCGCGAGGGCGACGUGUUCUGGAUCCCGCGCUACUUCCCCUUCUGCCAGGUGGCGGCGCGGGGCGGGCCGUUCGAGUUCUUCGGGUUCACGACCUCGGCGCGGCGCAACCGGCCGCAGUUCCUGGUGGGCGCCUCCUCGCUGCUACGCACGAUGCUGGGGCCGGAGGUCGCCGCCGGGUUCGGCGCCCGCGAGAAGGACUUCAGGAAGGUGGUGCGGGCGCAGGAGGAGGCCCUGAUACUGCCGUCGUUCCCGGACACGGGAAAGAGGGAGAAGGGGAGGGAGGAGCAUGGGAAGGGGAGGAGGGAGAGGGAGGAGCCGCUGGUCAUCGAGCAGGUGGCCAAGGAGUGAAGCUGCUCGAAGCUUUUGUCGAGCAGACGAUCGAUCAGGUCGAUCGAUGCUCAACUCUGCUUCCUUGGUUCCUCCCGAGUCCUGAGAAGCAUGGGCGCUACGGAUGCUGCUGCUAGACUCUGUUGUUGACCUAUGUCAGUCAGUGCUUGUGUUUUUUCGUGACGCUGUCUAUAAAUAAAGUCCUUUGUGGCGUUUUACAGCUU